AUGAAUGAACGAACAACUCACCAUUACUUUAUGUCCUUUCUUUCCUUUGCUUACUUAGAAACUGCAAUAAAAACAUGCCAGAACCAGAGAAGAGAGAGCCUUUACCAUACACAGACCUGGGAAACUGAAGGUUUCCAAAAAUACACACAGCUGCUACUAUUACAAAAAUCUUGCCCCAGAGGCCAGAGGUCCAUGGUGAGAGAAGGAGGGAACCAGGACAUUGAAGACAGAGGACAUCUGAUUGCCAUCCAAGACUUAUUUGACCCAAGCCCAGGUAGCCAGAAGAAGCCUCAGUUAGUCAUAUUAGAGGGGGCUGCUGGCAUUGGGAAGUCAACGCUGGCCAGGCAGGUGAGGAGAGCAUGGGGGGAAGGCCAGCUCUACAGGGAUCACUUCCAGCAUGUCUUCUACUUCAGCUGCAGGGAGCUGGCCCAAUGCAAGCAGCUGAGUCUGGCUGAGCUCAUAGCAAAAUAUGAGAAUGUCCACAUGGAUCUCAUAAAGGAGAUCUUGACUCACUCUAAGAAGCUGCUCUUCAUCCUGGAUGGCAUAGAUGAGCCAGCCUGGGUCUUGCAGAAUCCUAAAUUCUAUCGGCACUGGAGCCAGUCACAGCCAGUGCACACACUGCUGGGCAGUUUGCUGGGGAAAUCUUUACUUCCUACGGCUUCCUUGCUGCUCACAGCUCGGACCACAGAACUACAGACAUUCAUUCCUUCCUUGGAGCAGCCACGGUGGGUGGAGGUCCUGGGCUUCUCUGAGUCUGGACGGAAGGAAUAUUUCUACACAUACUUUGCAGAGGAAAGAGAAGCAAUUACAGCUUUUACCUUGGUUGAAUCAAACCCAGUGCUCUUGACCCUGUGCCUGGUGCCCUGGGUGUCCUGGAUAGUCUGCACCUGCCUGAAACAGCAGAUGGAGCAUAGGGGAGACCUCUCACUGACCUCACAGACCACCACAGCCCUCUACCUGAAAUACCUUUCCCAGGCUCUCCCGGCUCAAUCCCUGGGGUCCCAGCUCAGAGGGCUCAGCUCACUGGCUGCUGAAGGUAUCUGCAGAAAAAGGAGUCUGUUCAGUCUUAAGGACCUCAGGAACCAGAAGGUACCUGGGUCUGUCAUCUCCACUUUCAUCAAAAGGGGUGUCCUUCAGAAGCAGCCUAAUUCUACCAACUACAGCUUUGCCCACCCGUGUCUCCAGGAGUUCUUUGCAGCGAUGUCCUGUGUCUUGAGUUACGAAGAGGAAAAGGACAGCUGUGAAAACUUUAAAGCUGUAGAAAAGCUGAUAGAAGUCUAUGGAAGACUUGACCUGGUUGAGGCGCCCACCAUGCGCUUCCUGUGUGGCCUUUUGAGUGACCAGGCAAUGGAUGAAAUGAAGAACAUUGUCGCCUGCUGGCUGCCUCUGGAGAGGAGGUGGGAGCUACUGAAGAGGGUCCUGGAGGAAGACCACCUCCAACAACACUCGUAUUCGCUUGGAUUGCUCCACUGUCUGUAUGAGAUUCAGGAUGAGGAGCUCCUGACACGGGCGAUGCACAGUUUUCAAGGAUCAAGGGUUCAUGUCCAGACAGAUAUGGCGCAUCCAGGAUUCCAGGCAGAUGUGAAGCACCUGAUGAUCCAGACAGAUGUGGAGCUUAUGGUGGUUGCUUUCUGCAUUAAGUUCUGCCGCCAGGUGAAGGCACUUCAGCUGGAUGGGGGUGGACGGCUGGGACAAGAGCUGAGGGUCCCCAGGCUGAUUCUGUCCAGGUGGACCCCAGUCACUAAUGCCACUUGGCAGGUUUUCUUCUCCACUCUUGAGUUCACAGGAAGCCUGGAGGAGCUGGACCUAAGUGGGAAUCCAAUGAGCUACUCCGCAGUGCAGAGUCUCUUUAGGAUGCUGAGACAUGCUAAAUGUCACCUAAAGACAUUGUGGCUGGUCAGCUGUGGCAUCACAGCCAGCAGCUGUGGGGAUCUGGCCUCUGUGCUGAGCACCAACUGCAGCCUGACUGAGCUGGACCUGCAGCUGAAUGACCUGGGCGACCAAGGGGUAAAGCUGCUGUGUGAGGGGCUCAGGAAUCCUGCCUGCAACCUCAGAAUCCUGCGGCUGGACUCGAGCUCUCUGAAUGACCAGGUGAUGGUAGAACUUAAGGCUCUGAAGGAAGAGAAUCCCAAGCUGCUCGUCCAGAGCACACGGCAGAAAGCAGAGAGAAAGCUGGAACAGUCAGAGUCUUUGAAACCGCAAAGCCCACCUCCCAGUGAUACAGCACCACCAGCUGGAGACCAAGUGUUCAGUGCAGUAGAUUAUGGAAGACCUCUCACUCAGACUGCCAAAGAGGAAGCUCCAAAGCAAGAAGCCGUGCAGCACUCUUUUCCGCGAGACCAGCUCAUCGCGUCUCUUAAGAUUGAAGAUGGCUUCUGGGGUAGCACAGGACCUCUGGCUACUGAGGUGGUUGACAGUGAAAGGAACCUGUACCGAGUUCAGUUCCCUAUGGCUGGCUCCUAUCACUGGCCCAGCACUGGUCUUCGCUUUGUGGUGACAAGGGCAACGAUCAUAGAGAUAGAAUUCUGUGCCUGGAGCCAGUUCUUGGGCAAGACUCCCCUGGAGCAGAGUCACAUGGUGGCUGGGCCUCUGUUUGACAUCAAGGCUGAGCAGGGAGCUGUCGACACUGUGUAUCUGCCGCAUUUUGUGGCUCUCCAAGACACCUCAAAUUUCCAAGUGGCCCACUUUCUGAAGCACGGGGUGGUCUUUGAGACACCAGCCGAAGUGAAGCCACAUUGCACAGUUCUAAAAAAACCCAGCUUCUCUACCAUAGGAGUGAUGCUAAAAAUAAUCCCUGUCACCCGGCGAUUCCUACCCAUCACCUCUAUCACGUUGCUCUACCAUCAACCUCAUGCUGAGGAGCACAAAUUCCACCUUUACCUCAUCCCCAAUGACUGCACUAUUCGAAAGGCCAUAGAUGAUGAAGAAAUGAAGUUCCAGUUUGUGCGAAUACACAAGCCUCCUCCGAUGGGCUCCCUUUAUGUGGGCUCUCGCUAUACCGUGUCUGGUUCAGGGACCAUGGAAAUUACACCCAAGGAACUGGAGCUGUGCUACCGGAGCUCCACAGAAGCCCAGCUCUUCUCUGAGAUCUAUGUUGGCCACUUACAAUCAGGGGUCCGGCUGGAAAUAAAAGACAAGAAUUCUGUAGUUUGGGAAACUGUGUUGAAACCAGGGGACCUCAGACCUGCAUCCACCCUGGUCGCUGCAGCCCCUACAGUGGCCAGACCCUCCCGGCACUUUGUGGACCAGCAUCGGGAGCAGCUGGUGGCCCGAGUGACAUCAGUGGACCCUGUCCUAGACAGACUGUACGGUCAAGUGUUGAGUGAAGAGCAGUAUGAGAUGGUUCGUGCUGAGGCCACCAAUCCCAACAAGAUGCGGAGGCUGUUCAGCUACAGUCAGUCCUGGGAUCGGGCCAGCAAAAGUCAGUUCUACCAAGCUCUGAAGGAGACCCAUUCUCACCUGAUCAUAGAACUCUGGGAGGUGUGGGCUAGGGAUCUUGGGGAAUGGGUAUCCUGA